AUGAGGCCCGCUCUUCUUUCGAUCAUCGCCGCCGCGGUCGGCAUCAGCGCCGCGCCGCUCGAGUCACGCGCCGUGAUUAACUCGGACGCCGUGGUCGGAUUCCCCCAGACUGUUCCCAGCAACGUCUACGGCGACAACUACCUCCGUUUCAAGCCGUGGCUCAAGGUUGUCAACGGCUGCGUCCCGUUCCCAGCGGUCGAUGCGGCGGGCAACACUGGAGGCGGCCUCAAACCCACUGGUGCUUCCAACGGCGGCUGCUCCAAGAGCACAGGCCAGGUCUACGCCCGCGGCGGCGCCUACAACGGGCGCUACGCGAUCAUGUACUCGUGGUACAUGCCCAAGGACUCGCCCUCGUCGGGGCUCGGCCACCGGCACGACUGGGAGUGCGCCAUCGUGUGGCUCGACGACGGCGCCAAGGCGGAUCCCACCAUCGUGGCGCUGUCGGCCUCGGGCCACGGCAAGUUCGACACCAUCACCGGCGGCUUCGAGCUCGACGGCACGCGGCCCAAGAUCCGGUACUUCAGCGACUGGCCCCUCGACCACCGGCUGGGCUUCACGUCGACCCAGGGCGGCGAGCAGCCGCUCAUCGCCUGGGAGUCGAUGACGGACGCGGCGAGGACGGCGCUGACCAACACCGACUUUGGGGCUGCGAAUGUGCCGUUCAAGGACCCCAACUUUAUGGACAACUUGGCCAAAGCGUCGCCAUGA